AUGACAGGCCGUUGUGGACGAGCAGCGAGUGGAACAGUUCAAGCGAGUAGAUUGUGCAGAAAAAGUAUGGAGAGCUGGCACUCAGCAUCUGCUGCAAGCAAGUUCCUUCCGCAGAACGACCAUACCAAAAGCCGUUGUUCCUGCGAGACGAUCAAGGACGCGACUGCCGGCAUGUCAGAAUCAGAGCACAUCCAGGAUAGAAACGUGGUACCGGAAGCCGACCAGCUGGAUACCUCACAGAAUACUGCUAGCUCGGAGGCGGAGCAUCGCGAUUGCAUCGCUUCAAAGUUAAGAGCAAUCAAAAGUGAUAGACUGGAUUUGGGAAGGUUGCGUGACACUUUCAUUAGACCGUUUCCCAUCCUAGAACUUGAUCAAAACUGGGUUGUUAUACAAAGUGCUGGAACGAAUGAGGCAGUGCAAGAGCACAGACCGUACGAGCUGGGCGGUAGCAGGUAA